AAUAAAUGUUCAAAAUUAAAAUAUUUUUCACAAUAUUUAGCACGUUAGUAACAAGGAUGGCUGACUCAUGUUGCCACGAUGUUUACUCCUUGCAAUUAAACUUUUCAUUUGAACACCUGGUAUUAUCAAGCACAAUUAAUAAUUUUCUUAUAAUGUAUGAUUAAUCUCAUUUUAAAAACACAAAUAGGUUAAAGAUAAAAGUAAACGUGCAUAUAAAGAUCUAAGAUCAAGAUUACAUGAUAUGCAAAUACAAAAGGGUAAUUUAGAUGACAUAAUGGUAAGGAAUGAAAAAUCCCUUCCCCGCAGUGCACCUUCCAGCCCGACUGUAUCUCGCCCAUUAUCGUUGCAUGUAUCCAAAAAAACAAGGUUAAAAAAUGUAAAGGAAGAAACAAUGAAAUCAGCAAUAGAAGAAUUAAAAACUACCAAAACAUUUAGGCAUACAAGGAUUCAACAUUAUAAUCUUUUAAAUCCUGAAGAAGGCAUGAGAGAUUCGGAAGAUUCGGUUUCGGAUAACGAAAGUAGUACUAAUUUUAGGCUUCAGCGACUCGAUAUGGAUCUUAUGGGUGAUUUACAAGAUUUGAUAUUCCGAAGAUGUUCUAUAUCUUUAACCGAAGAAUGUACAAAUGCCGACGGAAACGUGCAACCUAAAGUCGAUACGACACUUAACCAGUCUACAAAUGCAACUAAAUUACCUCCACCCAUACCAGCACCUAGAACUAAACGGACUAUAAGGGCAGCGACAACUAAUGGAAAAAUUGCCCAGAAUACCUCUUCGAUUGAUACUCCGUUGAUAAAUCUCGAUCUUUCCGAAGAUAUUUUUGAUCCACUACAGGAAGGUUAUAAAGAAGCUGUCGUGGAUAAUAAAUCAAUUUCCAAUAUCUUAAAUACCAUUCCUACACUUUCUUCAAGUCCCACUUCUCAGCAAUCAUUGGGAACUUUCCUGGAUCAAACUAUAAUGCAGUCACCAGUGCCAUCAUCAUCAUGUAAUAGUUAUUCUGUACACAGUACUCAUCAACCUCAUUCUUCAAAUCAAAUAUUUGAUCAAAGAAGCAACAUGUUUGCUGCCUCUAACAACCCAUUUAUCCCUUAUCAACCGGUCGAUGUUGCGAAUUUAUCUAAGAGCCAAGAUACGUCGACUCACAAAUCCAACAUUACCACUCCAACUCAAGAUAGUAAGUCUAUGUUAGUUUUAGAUCAUGCUAGUUCCACUGAUGAUCCGUUUGCAGAUUUAGUUAAUUGGCAAGUUAGCAAUCUAUCAAAAGCAAGCGAAAAUAAAUCUGUUCCAUCUUCUUGGGAACAAUUUCAAUAAAUUUCAUUUAGUUACCAUGUUCGAAAAGAGUUUUUCAGAUCUUUUCAUGGUGCUAUUGUAAGAUAACUUGUAAAUUAAUUGAUAAAUUGUAAAAAAAA